UACGCUAAAGGCACGUUGCAGUGUUGCUCGGCGUCUACGCCCACUGUGGUGCUGCUGCUCAUUUUCCUGCGGGAAAAAGCUCAUUACAGGAAGGCAAGCAAGCAAGGUAAAGCAGGCAGGGAGGCUGGCUGGCUGGCUGGCUGGGAGGCAGAGAGAGCUCAGGAGCGGCCGAGUUCCAUCAUCGACGUACAGCGUGACAAAUAAUGGCCCAGCACUGAAAAACGACAAGGCCGCCGGGUUGCUUCGCUCUGUCACCGCCAAAGUCCGUUGUUCCCGUACGUGUGCGUGUUGUGUGUAUGGGUUUUUAUGAUUUCCACCUCGGACUUUAGACGCAGUUAGAGCUGAAACAACCCCUGUCAGGAAUGGAAUUCGUAUGACUGGACUGAUUACCGGAGGACCUCUCCUGUUGUCAACCUGCCGUGGAAAUCGACGUGUGCUCUUGGCCGCCUGCUGCCUCGGCGAAGCCGCAGAGAGAGCGACACCACCACACCGCUCGGAUCGUUAAAAGCCUACCACUGUCCGAACCUUCCAGCACCUGGACACAUCGGGACCGCUCUGUCUGCUGGCUGUGUGUAGAUAACGCAAACGUGCCACCGUGUGCUUUUUUUGCUGCCUGUAUAAUGCCGACACAUUUGCGUUUCCGAAGAAGGUCAUACCUUGGGCUUUUAUUCCUUUUUUCGCUCUCAACCUCGGCACUGUAUUUCAUCUACUCCGCUCCUGGUAUCGUGAACGAGUACGUGUUCAUGGUCCAAGCUAGAGGGAUCCGGAUCAGAGAAAAUGUGAAGAAUAUCGGUGCUCAGGUCCUGGAGCAGGUGGUGAGGGGUGCCUACAGCAAUGGCACAGAUUACUCUUAUGACUUCAACAUGAGCGAGAGUGAUGCUCCUCCCACUGCAUACCUCCCUGAGGGCUUCACGUACCUCCCCUCACAAGUUUGCCCUGAGAAGCUGCCCUCCAUGAAGGGUAGGUUGGAGGUGAAUAUGACUGAAGUGUCACUGGAGGAUGUGGAGAGAUCACUGCUGCAAGAAGAAACAACUUUGGCCUCAGGAGGCCACUGGAAGCCCAAAGACUGUUUACCUCGCUGGAAGGUGGCAAUCUUAGUCCCAUUCAGGAACCGACACGAGCACCUUCCUAUCCUCCUGAGACAUCUGGUGCCAGUGCUGCAGAAACAGAGGCUCCAGUUUGGAUUUUAUGUCAUAGAGCAGGCCGGCACAGAGCCCUUCAACCGAGCCAUGUUGUUCAAUGUGGGCUACAAGGAGGCCAUGAAGGAUCUGGACUGGGACUGUCUGGUCUUCCAUGAUGUGGACCACCUCAUGGAGAAUGACAGGAACUACUAUGGCUGCACAGACAUGCCCAGACACUUUGCGGUCAAGCUUGACAAGUACUCAUACAUGCUUCCGUAUAAUGAGUUCUUUGGCGGUGUGAGCGGCCUGAGAGUGGGACAGUUCAAUAAGAUUAAUGGAUUUCCUAAUGCGUUCUGGGGCUGGGGAGGAGAGGAUGAUGACCUUUGGAACAGAGUGCUGUUUGCCAAUUACACCGUAAGCAGACCACACGGAGAUCUGGGGCGGUACAUGUCCAUUCCACACCACCAUCGCGGAGAGGUCCAGUUCCUGGGGAGGUAUAGUCUUCUUCGCCAUUCAAAGGAGAGGCAGAAAGUGGAUGGCCUGAACAACUUAAACUACUCCCCCCUAGUGUCCAAGAGGCCUCUUUACACCAACAUCACGGUCAGCUUGAGCAGAAAUCUUGCACCUGUAGCCGACUACUGAUGUAGGCAGAGCUGGACUGAGAACCACCCGGGAAUCAAAAGUCUUCUGGGACAUCAGCCAUAUCUCACCAGUUGCGGCACUGCUGAAAAGCGUUUUAGUUUGUUUGUGCUUUGUUUCUUUUGUGGGUAUGCAAAAAAGAAAAAAAAUACGGAGACUCAAAAUACGCAUUGGCUAAGUCAUACAAGAAAAUAAGGAUAAACGCUGCACUUGUUUGUGCCACAGUCCACCACUUCACUCAUCUGGGAUUAUCUAGUCUUCAGUGUCCACAUGCCUUUUGCACCAUUUUGGCCUUCAACACCCAUCAAGUCAUUAAUUUCCUUCAUUGAGUCUGCGAUUAACUCAUCCCUGCACUUCAGUUUACAUUAGUUCUAUAAAGUAGGCCAUGAGACACACUUGCCACUCUUGCACGUGCGCAGCAGUUUGACUUAAAACGUGAUGACGUGGUCUAUUAUUUUGCUUUUGCACUUCUUACUCCUUACAUGAAUGCAGUAGUCCUGUGAAAACAUUUGCAUGCACAAACACACACACAUCUGCGAGCGCGCACUCACACAGACACACACACCUCUUACCACAUGGAAGCUUGCAGCUGGUUCUGCAAAAGGUAUGCCAAAAUCUACAAAUGAAGAGAACUAUGAAGAGUGUUUUCAAUCAUCUACUAUAUGUGAGAUAGUUUACGCUAAAUUUAGAGUAUAUAAAUACCUUGCUAAUUUCUUACAGCUAUAUUUGACCCUGUGAACGUACCAUUUGAAGACUGUGAUAUUUGUGUUUGCGUUGUCGCUUUGGGUGUACGUGGCUGCCAGCGAGGGAGUGGCUGUAGGUGGGAAAGCGUUGCUUGUCCUGUUAGCAAUAAGCUGUAAUAUCACAGAGAUGACUUUGGACCCGACUGCCUCAUGAUACAGAUGCAAUAGCCCAGGUGCUAGCGUAUACUCUCAUUGGACUACGGAGGCGGAAAGACUGCGUAUGCGAAGGUUGCGGUCAGCGCACCUUUGGCUAAGUCAACACGCCACCCGAUGAAAAAGGGCGUCUUCUCAGAACCUCUGCAUGACCGCGUGCUUGUCUGGGAGUGUGUUAGCGAGCGAGAGCCUAUGCAAAUGGCUUGGAUGGAUCAAGUUGUCGUGUCAUCAGAGUCGGAGUGACAGGAUUGUCUUCAGACCCCAUUUUGUUUGCCGGGUGUAAUCACAGGCCGUUUUUUUUUUGUGAUCGCCUCAGUUUUCAUGAUCUAACUAGAUCACACUUGAUUGCUGUCACUGUCCAGAUGGUGUUUACAGAAGCUUUUGAUUUAUUUGUCUGAUUGCAUAGUCCCCCCCCCCCACUGUAAAACUUUAGUAAUGUAUUGAUGCCUGCCUUCAGUAAUAUUAUUUUAAAAGUAAAAUCCUCUUUCAUGCAGAUCUGAAUAUUUAAGGCAUCAGCUUCUAUACCGUCGAUGACCAACCCUGUCAGGUUGUGUUGUCGAGCAGCAUGCGAGUCGAACAUCGCUGAUGUUCCACGAGUACACAGCUGUCAAGUAAUUGCCCUUGUUUGAUUUAAGUGUGCUCUGAAUCGACCAUCUCAAUCUAAACAUUUAAAAAAAAAACACACACACACACA